CCCUCCCUCCGCGGCACGGGGAGCGUGAGAGCAUCGCCCUCCAGGUGCGGCGAUGCUCCUCGGGGCACGUUCCGUCGCCGGGAGAGGAUGGUAACAGGAGCGCCGGGGCGUGAGAGCGUCGCCGAGGAGAGGGAGCGAUUGAUGGGCAGGGCGCGCACUUGGCGGAGGACAGCAGCCCGGGCGCCGGGCGAGCACAGACGGUGCGGCGCCGCCGCCUCCCGGCCGGACUCCACGGACCUCCGGAGCCUCCCGCCCCGGGGCGCCCGGGGCGCCGAGCCGCUGCCCGGGGACGAGGGUGGUCGGCACCGUGCGUGAGCGCCCGGGAGUUCGCGGACCUCGCUCCAAACAGCACUUCUGCCCCGGACCCCACUUCCCCGCCCGGACCCCCGGGAGCCCGCCAGCGCGCUGGCCGCGGAGGGACUUGAACUUGAGUUCAGGUGGGUUAUCCCAGGGGGAGCGCAGGAGGAGACGUCCAGGGAAGACGGAAAAGGUGAUGUUCAGUGUCAAGAGCGGACCAUUUUCUUCCUGCCACUUGCUCGGGCUGAGCCGCUUCCCACGCAGAUCUCCUGCUCACCCGCUCCUCGCCAGCCCAGCCCUCCAAACCCCCGUUUUCUUCAGUAUCCGGCAUGCUAUUGACCUUUUCAUAACUUAUGAUUAGUCUCUGAAACGAUCAUAUUUACUCCGUUGCUCUUUUAGUGGGAGGUCGAUAGGCUGAAUGAUUUCCCCAGUCAAGUCAUUUACUUCUGAGCCAAUAGAUGAUGCCUUCGUCAUAGUUUUCUGGGGGGAAAGUAACUCUGCGUUGCUUCUGCAGACGCCCAACUCCCUCUGAAUCGUGCACCUUGGUGCUGAGCACACAGCAAAAGUUUUUAGCUUCUCCUCAGUUUCUGGUGCUUCUCAGGGGAGAGGAAAGGACUUUGGCUUUAAACACAAGAGGCGGUCAGGGAACCAUCUCCUUUAACUUUUCUUCUCUGUGAUCAUUUGCGAUGAAGAGGAAACAGAAGAGAUUUCUGCAGAUGACUUUGUUAUUCAUGGUGGCUGUAAUUUUCCUGCCCAGUAUCGGUCUCUGGUCUCUGUACAAGGAUAAGCACCUGGUGAAAUCGACGGAGCCCGGAGAGCAGCAGACGUUUCCACUGGGCCUGGGAGACGGGCAACUCUAUGCAUGGACAGAUGGUUUAAGAAGGAAGGACUGGCAUGACUAUGGGAGCAUUCAGAAAGAGGCUAUGCGCUCAGGGAAAGGUGAACAUGGGAAACCUUACCCCCUCACUGAAGAGGACCACGAUGAGUCAGCUUACAGGGAAAAUGGUUUCAAUAUUUUUGUCAGCAACAACAUUGCUCUAGAGAGGUCCCUGCCAGAUAUCCGCCACGCAAACUGUAAGCACAAGAUGUACCUGGAAAGGCUACCAAACACCAGCAUCAUUAUCCCAUUCCAUAACGAAGGCUGGACUUCACUCCUCCGGACCAUCCACAGCAUCAUCAACCGAACCCCAGAAAGUCUGAUUGCAGAAAUCAUCCUGGUCGAUGACUUCAGUGAUAGAGAACACCUGAAGGAGAAGUUGGAAGAAUACAUGGCUCGGUUUUCCAAAGUGAGGAUUGUUCGCACCAAGAAAAGGGAAGGGCUGAUCCGGACCCGACUCCUGGGGGCGUCCAUGGCCAGAGGCGAGGUCCUUACGUUCCUGGACUCCCACUGCGAGGUCAACGUCAACUGGCUUCCCCCGCUCCUCAACCAAAUUGCACUCAACCACAAAACCAUCGUGUGCCCCAUGAUCGAUGUCAUUGACCACAAUCACUUUGGGUACGAGGCCCAGGCCGGGGAUGCCAUGCGCGGCGCCUUCGACUGGGAAAUGUACUACAAGAGGAUUCCCAUCCCUCCAGAGCUGCAGAGGGCGGAUCCCAGCGACCCUUUUGAGUCUCCCGUUAUGGCUGGAGGUCUCUUUGCUGUGGAUCGCAAAUGGUUUUGGGAGUUGGGGGGCUAUGACCCAGGUUUGGAAAUCUGGGGAGGAGAGCAAUAUGAAAUCUCUUUCAAGGUCUGGAUGUGUGGAGGAGAAAUGUUUGACGUUCCAUGUUCUAGAGUUGGUCAUAUCUACAGGAAGUACGUCCCUUAUAAAGUUCCAUCCGGGACCAGUCUGGCAAGAAACCUGAAGCGGGUGGCGGAGACCUGGAUGGAUGAGUUUGCCGAGUACAUUUACCAGCGGCGCCCGGAGUACCGGCACCUGUCCACGGGGGACCUCUCCGCGCAGAAGGAGCUGCGCAGACAGCUCAAGUGCAAGGACUUCAAGUGGUUCAUGGCGGCGGUGGCCUGGGACGUGCCUGAGUACUACCCUCCAGUGGAGCCCCUACCCGCAGCCUGGGGGGAGCUUCGAAACGUGGCAGCAAAUCUCUGCGUGGACAGCAAGCACGGAGCCACAGGGACCGAGCUGAGGCUGGACGUCUGUGUCAAGGACGGUUCUGAGAGGACGUGGUCUCAUGAACAGCUCUUCACCUUUGGCUGGAGAGAAGAUAUUCGGCCUGGUGAGCCCCUGCACACCCGAAAAUUCUGCUUCGACGCCAUCUCCCAUAGCAGCCCGGUCACUCUGUAUGACUGUCACGGCAUGAAAGGGAACCAGCUCUGGGGACAUCGAAAGGACAGAACAUUAUUCCAUCCUGUGAGUAACAGCUGCAUGGAUUGCAACCCAGCAGAGAAGAAGAUUUUCAUGGCCAGAUGUGACCCUCUCUCCGAGACUCAGCAGUGGAUUUUUGAACAUAUUAAUAUGACUGUUUUAGAAAAAUUUAACUACCAUGCCAGCUCCUAGAAAGAAAAAAAGGAAGGAAGAAACAGUGAUUACCUACAGGUUAUAAAAACUAAAUUUUAGCCAGUCUCUGGGUCAAAGGAGUCAGGAAUAACAUUUCCUAGAUCCAGGAAGUCUGGUUUAAAGAUAUGUAGAUGCCACGUCAAAGUAGGUUGUCCCGAAGAACUUCCUGCACCUGAGGAACUUGGCUAAGAACCUCACCAGCUGCUUCUGAGAACUUGAGCAGUCCCCUUGCUGGCCAAGGGCAAAGAUGAUUUAGGUACUUUUGCAAACAACCGCUGAGUUAAUGAAUCCUAGCAUUUCUCAGGUCAAAUCCUGCAGUAGUGAGUAGCUAUGAAUGGAUCCUCUUAAGCGGGUGGGUGGGGUGCAGGUGAAGGGCAUGACCGCUCCGACGACCUGUCGCAGGUUUAGAACGGGCCAUUCUGCGACUCGAAUGGUGAAACGUGCUGCAGAUGAUUCUAGAGUGCUCAUACCAUUCUGUGUUCUUGUUUUAUUUUGCAAUGAGGGUGUGCUAUCUAAGACUUCAAUUACAUCAUGAAAUGGACUUGGAGUGUCUCCAUGCCUUCAUUGACGGCUGCCAUUCUCCUUUCACAGCGGAGGUAACUUAACUGGUCCUAAAAGUUCGCGCUCCAUAAAUUAGCCGAAGUUCUAAUUCAGUGCCCUUGUAUGAAUCCAGCCGAAAAACAAACACGAAAAACCAUGCUACCAAGUUACUCCAAAGAAAAAGGUUUCACAGAAGCAGCAAAACCAUGUAAGGUUUAAGGAGAGGAAUUUCCCUAGGAAAUCUAUUUUUACUUUUCUAUUAUUUUUAGACUUUUAAAAGUCUGAUGUUUGUCCAGUCACAGUUUUAUUAAGGAAGGACAUGGAGUGAGGUUGAUGUAAUUUGUUUAGGAGAUUCUUAAAUCCAAAUAAAUCUACACUCCAAGUGAUGUGAAAAUGGCUUAGUACAUUUCAGUUAUACUUGAUCAGUGCCGGGGACAUAGAACUGGUUGGGUUUUGCUCUCGGCUGGGGUUUUUUGUUUAUUUGUUUUAUAUCGUAGGUAUUAAGGAUGCUUUAGUUUUCCUUGGAAGCACAUUGAAGGAAUUUCCAUUAAUAAAGUGCUUCUGACCCCAUUUUCUAUUAACGGGACAAGAUUUCAGGGAUGAUUAAAAAACUAAAUGGAACAUUUAAUCCUUAAAAGAACUUUUUUUUUUUUUACUUUUCAAUAACAAUGGGGGUGGGGGAGGCAUAUACAGGGAUGAGUAUACAGGAAUAUACAGGAAUGGAUAUAUAGAGGAAAGAAUGAUGUUUGUUUUAUAUAUAUAUUUCUCAAGUCUUUUUCAGGUAGAACAAAGUUUUUAUUUUGCUUUUGUUGUUUUCUUUCAACUCGCUUUUCAUAUUAAUAAAAAAUAUAUAUAUUGUCUUGGAUAUAAAAACAUUGAAUUUUAGAACUGGGAAGACACUUAGAAUCCAAUCCCUUUGUUUUUACAGAUGAAUAGCGAAAGCCCAGAGGAGAGUGGUCCUAAUUCCUGGCAGGGCGGAUGGGUCUUCCAACGCCUGGUGCCCAGUGCUUUUCUUCCUGUGUUGCCUCUUCUGUUAUCCAAGAAGGUUCUGGUUUCUACUCUGAUUUAACUAGAAAUGUUCAGUCCCUAGAUGAGAAUAACAUGCCUGCCUGGGGCUGCCCACAAGAGAAGCAUUCACGUUCAGAAGCUUUAACAUGUGAAACCUCUUCGCGUAAAUGUUCAUGAUUUUGUUCUCUCCUUCAAAUCUAAUCAAAAUGUCCAGUUAAACUGCCCUGCUAAUGGGUGGGGAAGAGUUAUUUCGUUAUCUUUACUGAUUUUUCAAGCAUACUUUUGAAAAGCUAUUCUACUUAAACUGACAGUCGCAGAGAUUUUUGUGUGUGUGUAGGUCAAGCGGUCUUGAGGUUUCCACGAUGCGUAGUGGAGAAAAUCAAUAGUGAGGAAUUAACCUGUGUGCUGAACAAUUCCAGAGAGUGGGUGAAGAUUUAUCUCAAGCGUUCAGACAGCAAUCUGGUUGUAGAAUGAGAUGAGCCUAUAAAACCCCACAUUAUGUCACUAAACAGUUGACUGCUGUUUACAGUUCCACCGAAGAGCCAGCCCCAGGUUUUGCACCCCAAAAAGCCCAGAUUUGCAGUAUGCGAGGGUGCUCUCAUCCUGGGAAAACGCAUCCUUUUGGUGUGACAACCAGGAUCUGAUCUCAGAGGGCCCUGUCUCUUACUUUGGCUAGAAGGAUAUAAUUUAAAAAAUUAAAAUUAUUUUCCAGAGAAGCCUGAGACAUGAAAGCCAAAAUGAAAACCUCAAACUGCCAAGUAAUUGUUAGAUGUGUGCAAAGUGGGAACAGAAUCAAACAAAGCCUCAUAAUCUACUCCCAGGCAGGAGGGCCUGGCACUGCAAUAAACAUGUCCAAGGAGGUUUCCCAGUACCACCAAACAGCGGGACUCCGCUUACUUGAAAUACCGCUAUGGCCAUUCUGAAAAAUAGAAAAUUGCAUAUGUUUUUGCAUUUAUUCGGCAGAAGGACUGAACAGUCGUCAGAGAGAUUCUCUUUCCUGGAAAGAACACGAUUUAGAAAUGAAGCAUCAGAGUUCUGACCCGCCCUUUUAUCAGAAUGAGAAGAAAACCAGCAGAAAGUUCAUCCGGCCCUGGAAAUUGCUACUUCUCCAGAAUAAGAAAUGGUUUUGCCAGAAGUUAGAAAAUAGUUAAUUUUUCAAAUCCUUUCUAUGCAUUUACUGAGAAAAGGCUGGAAAACAGUUGUGAACUAAUUGUGGGAUUUAUAUGUGCUCCAAGGUUGGAUUAAUACCAUGGCAAUAACAAUGACUGGCUUCUAGGUCUACUGCUAUUUAGUUUAAAAUAGUAACAUGAUCACAUGACUGUUUUGAAAUGUAUUCAUGAUAACAGAGGCCUCAGUGUACAAUGCCUGUUCCAGGAUUAUUUUGUGAAUUGGUAACAUAGAGCGUUACACAACAGAUGUGUAACACGUAACGAAAAUGGAUGUACAGUCAAUGAAAGAGAGCGUUAGGCCCAUUCUGUUCACAUUCUAGCAAAACACUUGACAAGGUGUCCUUUAGGGACAAUUAUAUGUUUUUUUAAAAAGCAGCCAGGGGACUUCCCUGGUGGCACAGUGAUUAAGACUCUGCGCUACCAGUGCAAGGGGCCCGGGUUCAAUCCCUGGUCGGGGAACUAGAUCCCACAUGCAUGCCGCAACUAAGAGUUCGCAUGCCACAGCUAAGGAACCCAUGAGCUGCAACUAAGACCCGGCACAACCAAAUAAAUAAAUUAAAAAAAAAAAUCAGCCAGAAAAUAAAGGGCAUAUAAAUAUCUCUUUUGUGCUUCUUGCCCUCACAUGAAAAACUUCGAUUUCAAUUCCUUCAUAACUCCAAUAACUUCAUUAUCUCCACAAUGAAGGAGCAAAAAGGAAACGUUUAUUGGAAAGACUGGCAUAUAAACUUUACGUCAGACACAUCAAAAGAGCCAAGGACACUUGGAUGACAAAGCCGACUGUCCAUUGAGAAAAGGCCAUGCCCACCUCUGGGUGACAUCACACAUCUGAGGACCAGAACAGCAUUGAUGGGAAGGCUGGGACAUGCCUUCUGCUUUUGACUUCCCAUCUGAAGUACAGACUCUUUCCCAGGAGUGGACAGUGCCCCAGCCUCCAAAUGCUGCCGGGUCACCUUAUGCAGAAGUUAGAGUCUUCCUAAUAAUACGAGGUUCUUGUGAACAUUGAUUUAUCCCUGGGACCCCUUUAGGAAUAUCUCCUGAGGCCUCUUCCCCUGGCAGGGAUAUAGGGUGGAAGUACACUUUCAUAAGCAGCUGCUGGAGAUAAAGAAAGAGGGCAUUUUAUAUAAAUCCUGGGAGACAACACCUCAAAGGGAAAAUAUUUCUCAGUGAUACCCUGAGAUUCUGGGAGUAAAUGCAAACGGCAAGAGGUAGUCUGUAUCUCUAGACACGGGUGCCCAUCACCCCCUGCGUUCACUCCAUCACCAGGUGCUGCCCUGGCCAUCCUAACUCUCACACGACACCACCAGCUGUAAUUACCCUCCACGUGUGCCACCGUGGCAGGAACACUGAAGAGUGACAAGUGGCCAGUCCUCCCAUGCCACCGACCUUGGAAGAUUGCUCUUUGAUUUAUGUCUGGAGCCUUUGUUGGAGGCCUGGGAGCUGUUUGCGACUCUAUUUGGUAGACUUGACAUUGGCUCGGAGCUUUUAUCACAGGUACUCAUCUCCGCGCUUGACACGUCAGGCUGGUGCGUCCGGUACCGCGGCUUCUCAGCAGACGAUAGCUCAGGCACGUGUGCAAUGCUUCAGAGAAACCUGGGGACAUUUCUUCUGUCCCUCCGGCCUGAAGUGGCCCCCUUCAGCUCACCACAAGACAGCCCCCAGGGUCCCUAGAGUCUGCCACACCCCACGUGUGCCCAGGUUAACCUCAGAACAGAAAGGCUGGACAUUGCAGAAUCUUCUAUCCUGACAUCACUCACCUUGGGAAGGGUGAGCUUAUUAGUUUGUAACUAAGUGACAUAGGUCCUGGUUUACCAGGGACAGUCCUGGUUUCUGCCUGUGUAAUUAUCAACAGCGCCCCCCUUUCACUCUUAAAAGUGUCCUAGUUUGGACAGCAAAUUUUAUGCUCACUCUAUCUAUAAUCCACCUGCCUGUUUACUUCAUAGUUCCCGUACUUAUGAAGGCCCAGAGUCUACAAGCAAUCAGCUCGUCUCACCCCAUCCCUUCACACAGGACCAGACGAAAACCAGUUCUAUUUGGUGAUCGUCUAAAGCAUUCACAUGGUUCUUUACAAGUUGCUUCAUGGAAGCUUUUUCAUUAAGAGUUCUUACACCCAUCUACAUUGUUUUGUUGAAUCAAGACGAUUCUAGUUUAAAUGGUUUUUUCCAUGAUUUAAAAAAUUGAUUUGAAAUUAACUAAGUCAUUUUCUACUUUUCCAAGCUGAAAACAGUAGAUGCCCACCAGUAGCCAUAUUAUUAAUUCUCAAUAUUAUGGUAUGAGAUAGAGAUCGAUAGAUGAUAGGUAGAUAGAUAGACAGACAGAUUCUAUUUGCAAUAUUGCUUUUGUUUUUAAAGUGAUUUUACAUUUAUCUCCUUCUGCCCUUGUAACCACCUCUGUGGUAGAGGAUUAUUACCAUCCUUAUGAAGAAAGUGCAGGACUUGUGCCCAGGGGGUGUGCCCAGAUCAACGUCACACAACAAGUUCACAGCGGAGCUGGGAUGAGAACCCAGGCCUGGAUACUGAGUCCUCAGUUUCUUCCAGUCUCUGUGGUGUCCACACCUCACUGUAGGGUCGUUGGUUCAUAGUCAAACCAAAUACGAGAGGGCUUGAGAGGGCUCAUCA